CUGUAGAAUUUACAUCACUUGCCACUGAACCACACCAGUGAACCAACCGUUCCGGCGACUGUGACCGGUCAUUUUGAUUUUUUUCUCUUUCCCUCCCGAGAAAGUUACGCAAUUCCAUAGCCGCAAUGUUGCACGAGCUUCUCCUAGCUCUCCUCGGUUUCACCGGAGACCUCAUCGUCGACGAGCGGGAGCAAUUGAAAACCCUAGGCCUCGAUUCCCCUCUCUCCGACGAAUCCACCUUCAAACUCGCCCCGGACAUCUCCUUCAUCCAACCCAGCGAAAGGGACCUGAUCGAGGGGUUGAUCAAGCUAGGGUUUUACUAUAGAGAGCUUGACCGGUUCGCGAACAAGUCCCGGAACUUGAGCUGGAUUAGGUCAGUAACCAGCGUGCAUCCCUUGGAACGAGCCGAUGAGUUGUCAAAGCAGAGUAGUAGUAGCGGCGAGAAGAAGCCUAGCGUCUACCGCAGAGCUAUUGCUAAUGGAAUUGUGGAGAUUCUUUCGGUUUACAGGUCUGCGGUUCUUCACAUUGAGCAGAAGCUUUUGGCUGAGACUACGCCUAUUCUUGCUACGGUGACUCAGGGACUCAAUAAGUUUUUCGUUCUCUUCCCGCCACUUUACGAGGUUGUUCUCGAGAUUGAGCGUGAUGAUAUUCGUGGAGGGCAGCUUUUGAAUGUAUUGAACAAAAGGUGUCAUUGUGGUGUUCCUGAACUCAGGGCUUGUCUUCAAAGGCUUCUUUGGCAUGGACAUCAGGUCAUGUAUAAUCAACUCGCGGCUUGGAUGGUCUAUGGGAUUCUCCAGGAUCCCCAUGAAGAGUUUUUCAUUAAGAGGCAGGAAGAUGGCGAUUUAGAUCAUCGCUCAUCUCAGGAAGAGAUAUCUGAAAAGUUGGCUCGUACCUCAGUUCACGAGACAUCUUUAACUGAUUGGCAUUCUGGAUUUCACAUCUCUUUGGAUAUGUUACCUGAUCAUAUUCCUAUGCGUCUUGGUGAAUCAGUUCUUUUUGCGGGGAAGGCCAUAAGGGUUUUGCGAAAUCCCAGUCCUGCUUUCCAGUUCCAGAAGGACAAGAGUUUUCAGCAGACAAUGCGUGGCUCCCAGAGAAUUCGUGGAUUUAUGCAUAGUGAUUUCUCUGAGAAGGAAACUGAGUUGGAUGCGGAUCUUACUGGGGAGGAGUUACUCCCUCAAUCUGAGGCGGACAAGAUCGAAGCUAUGUUAAAAGAUCUGAAGGAAUCAUCUGAGUUUCACAAGAGAUCAUUUGAGUGCACUGUUGAUUCUGUUCGAGCAAUAGCAGCCAGUCAUCUUUGGCAGCUCGUCGUUGUGCGUGCUGAUCUCAAUGGUCAUCUUAAAGCUCUAAAAGACUAUUUUCUGCUAGAAAAAGGAGAUUUCUUUCAGUGCUUUCUGGAGGAGAGUCGCCAGUUGAUGCGAUUUCCACCUCGCCAGUCAACUGGGGAAGCUGAUCUAAUGAUACCAUUUCAGUUGGCUGCAACAAAAACAAUUGGCGAGGAAGAUAAGUAUUUCUCUAGGGUAUCCCUAAGGUUGCCUUCAUUUGGAGUUACAGUAAGAUCUUCUCAAGCUGACCUGGCGAGAUCUAAACUCGCUCUUACCGGGAAGGCGAAUCUUACAUCAGACACCUCUGUGGAUGGCUGGGACGCUAUUGCUCUUGAGUAUUCUGUUGAUUGGCCCAUGCAACUGUUUUUCACUCAAGAAGUACUUUCUAAGUAUCUCAAAGUGUUCCAGUACUUGAUACGGCUAAAAAGAACUCAGAUGGAAUUGGAGAAAUCAUGGGCUUCUGUAAUGCAUCAAGAUCACAUGGAUUUUGCUCAACAUCGAAAAGAUGGUACAAAGGAAUCAAUAUCUCAGCAAAGACGACAAGGCAUACGACCCAUGUGGCGAGUCAGAGAGCACAUGGCGUUUCUUAUAAGGAAUCUUCAGUUUUACAUUCAGGUUGACGUGAUAGAAUCUCAGUGGAAGGUGUUGCAAACUCACAUCGAAGACUCUCAAGACUUCACUGAACUCGUUGGCUUCCAUCAAGAGUAUCUCUCGGCUCUUAUCUCUCAAUCUUUCCUCGACAUUGGUGCAGUCUCGAGGAUACUCGACAGCAUUAUGAAACUCUGUCUCCAGUUCUGCUGGAACAUUGAGAAUCAUGAAAGCAAUCCAAACACUUCGGGACUUGAAAACAUAUCCGAGGAAUUCAACCAGAAGUCGAAUUCUUUGUACACCAUACUGAGAAGCAGCAAGCUGGCCGGGAGCCAGCGAGCCCCGUUCUUGAGACGUUUUCUUUUACGCCUAAAUUUCAAUUCUUUCUACGAGGCAACUACAAGGGGCUUGUUGAACGUUGUUCGGCAACGCCCAGCUCUUCCAUUGUAAACGUACGACAGUUCUUGUCAGAGAAUCUAAUUCAGCUUUUUCACAAAUGGACUUGAGGUUUUGCAGCAGCUAUGACACCUGGUGAAAUAUUGUUCUGAUCUUCAAAUCAUGAUCACAUGACGCCAUUAAAGGGAAUAUGUAUGGUAUGUGGACGUGGUUUGUGCUCACGCAUUUCCUUAUAAACUCAAUAACAUAAACUGCAAGUUGUGUGUUUCCUUCGUGAUUUUGAGAUGUUAUACUAUGUAAAUUAAGUUAGAGACGACUAUAGGUCUGGUUCGUUUGAUUAUUUGAAUGCUUGAUGAUGAUGCGAGUUCUAUAA